AUGCAUGUGAACUUUAGAUUUGAGUCAGUUGACCCGAAAUUGCCGCGUACCAGUGCCAUCUACAUGACUCCUAUACCAAGAACGUUGAAGCGCUUGAGGAAGUGCUUCAAAAAGCAGAAUGGGCUAGCCGCUCGCCGCAGCGCUGCCAAGUUUGCGCCCGACAAGCUUGAACUCAUUCAUUCACUUCGACAAUCCCCGUGCGCCACCGAGUACAACAACACCAACAAACCAACAUCUACGGCAUCACCAUCGAGGACCCAGGAACCGACAAACUGCCCGUCCCAGCCUCUAAUCUGGUCAUCGAACCGUCUCAACAUGCUCAAUAUCUCGGCAUUUGGGUCGACAAGCAGCUUACGUUCGACACCCACCGCCAAAGACUUAUCGGGAAGGGAAGGAGAAGGCCAGCCUUGA